AUGGGACAUGUGUCUUUCAACUGUCCCACCAGGGGUAGACCGGAGAUGAGUACUCAGAGGAGCGAUGCGCAGAGAGCCGAUACUCAGAGGAGUGGCGUUCAGAGGAAUGAGACUCAGAGGGGUGACCGACCCACUACAGCUGGUAGGGUGUUCGCUUUGACUGGUGCUGAGGCUUCGACUUCUUCUGACCUAGUGAAGGGGAAGGGCAAGGCUGCUGGUGAGGGUGUGAUGCUUUUGUUUGAUUCUGGGGAUUCCCAUUCUUUUAUUUCCUAUGCUUGUGUUGCUAUGUUGGGAGUGCCUGUGUCUGAUUUGGGAUUGAGACUGCUAGUGUCGACGCCCGCUUCUGCUUCAGUCGUCACUUCUGAACUGUGUGCUGGCUGCCCCAUUGUUGUGAAUGGGAAGAAGUACAAGCAAACGGUAGAGAUGGAGGAGUGGUAUAGUCUGCAUACUGCCUAUGCUUCACGCAGCAAGGCUCGUGAACUGUGCCUCUGUGACGAGCUUCAACUCAUGCGUCAUGGUUCCAUCUCUCUUACAGAAUAUGGAAAGAAAUUCCGCACUAUUUGUGAUUAG